AUGGCGGUGGCCAGCCGCACCGGAGUGGACGUGGUCGCGAACGACGUCAGCGGCCGCCAGACGCCGACGGCGGUGUACUUCGCCGGAGACCACCGCCUGAUCGGCGAGCACACCACGGGCCACGCGGGGGGCGACCCCAGCAACCUCGUGCACCACCUCAAGUCCCUUCUCAGCAGCGGCGACGACGGCGACGACGAUGCCAAGCAAGACGAGGGGGAUGCCGCCAGCACCAGCGAUGGCAGUAGUUCUUCUCCCUCGGCCGCCGCCGCCGCCGCCGCCGCCGCCACAGAUUCCCGCCGCUCCUCCUCCUCCUCCUCCUCCUCCUCCUCCUCCUCGACAACGGUGACGUCGGAGCCCGGCUUCUUCUGCGAGACCCGCGCCGGCAGAGGGGAUGGAAGCUCCGCCGGCCCAGCAGAAGGCACCGGGGGCGGUGGCGGCCUGCGGGCCGUGGUGCGCCACAUGGGGCGGGAGCUCGAGCUCGGCGGCAGCGAGGUCGUCUCCUACCUCCUCCGGCACUGCGCCGGGGUGGUCGCCCGGGACGCGUCCGGUAAGGGGGACGGGCCGGUGGCGGCGGCGGCGGCGGCAACGGCAACGGCUUCGUCGUCGCCGUCAUCGUCGUGCGUGGUGGCGUCGGUGCCGUCGUACUUCUCGCUGAGGCAGAAGAGGGCCGUGCUCGACGCGGCGAGCAUCGCCGGGGUGCCCAUGCCGAUGGUCAUGGACGAAGGGACGGCCGUCGCGCUGGCGUACGGCAUCCUCAAGGGGGGGCUGCCCCCCCCCGCCCCGGCGGGGGCGGGGGCGGGGGCUGGGGCCGCGGAGGAGCCGGCGGCGCCGGCUGCGGCGGCCGGGGCUCCACCCCCGCUCAAGGUGACAGUGGCAUCGUUCACGACGUCGGGGCUGACAGUGCUCGGCCGAGGGUGCUCGAAGGAAGGGGGUACCGCCGCGGCGGAGGCUUGCGUGUACGACCGCGUCUGCCGCGCGGCAAGCGAGCAGGGUAUAACCGUCGAGGGUAGACCGCGGGCGGAGUUCCGCCUUGCCAAGGCGUUGACGUCGGCGAUGAAGACCCUGAGCGCCAAUAAGGAAGCUCGCCUGAGCGUGGACUGCAUCGAUGGCGACAAGGACCUAGCGAUCACGUUGACCAGGGAAGAAGUCGAGGAAGCCUGCGCCGGGGUCGCCGAAGGGGUUUCCACCGCGUGUCGAGAGGCGUUACGCUCCGCGGGGAUGGCGGCCGAGGACGUUGAAGACGUCGAGCUUCUCGGCGGGGGCAGCUACAUCCCUCUGCUGCGCCGCUCCGUGGAGGGCACUUUCAGGGAUCGAGUGCGACGGACCAUGAGCUCCUCGGAGAGUGUGGCGAGAGGGUGCGCGCUCGCCGCCGCCCAGCGUAGCUCCAUUUUCAAGCUGAGGCCUUUCCAGGUGGUGGACUCCCUCACCAGAAACCUUCGCCUGGUCUGGCGAUACGACGGCGGCGCCGGCGAUGAGCCCGCCGACAGCGACGACGAGGACAACAGCAGUAGCAGUGGUGGGUCGGCGGACGCCCGUGACACGGGCGCAACUAGCGGCAGCCGAGAUUCCUCCUCGAGGUCGUGGCUGCCUUCUUCGUUGCUAAACGGCAAAGGUGCGGGCGAGGAGACGGGGGGGGGUGGCGGGGGGAUCUCGACCGGCGAGGUGGACGUCCCCGCCGGCACGCCGAUCCCGUGCUCUACGGAAGUGCCGGUGGACCUGGGAAGGAGAGAUCGAGGGCAGCACGGGGGGCGCGGAAGGCUCCACGUGCACCUGAUGGAAGGCGCGGAGCGCGUUGCGAGCUACGUCAUCGACCUGGCUCAGUCAACACCGAGCGCAAGGGGGAAGGGGGUGUCGUGGGGGUGGGGGGCGGGGCGGGCAAGGACGGCGGCGGCGGCGAACGAACGGGCGGCAGCGGUGGCGGCGACCAAGGUCAAGUUUUUCUUCCGGGUGGACGAUGGAGGGGUGCCGAGCGUGCACUCCGCGAGGCUGGAGUACGAUGAAGAAGUGACGGAACUCGUGGAGGUGCCCGCCCCGGUGCCCUCUACGGCGACACCGUCAGCGACGGCGUCGCCGGAGGAGGAGGAAGAGGAAGAGGAGGAGGAGGAGGAGGAGGAGGAGGAGGAGGAGGAGGGGUCCUCUCCGGUAGGCGGCGGUGACGGCCGUGGCGAUGGGAACGAAAGCGGCAGUGAGGCUGCUUCCGCGAAGAGGCGACGGCAGGGUCGUGCGGAAGCGGCAAGCGGACAAGCCGGAGCGCUAGGAGAAAGGGGGGCGGCGGAAGAGGCAAGCGAGGGCAGCAGCAGCAGCAGCAGCAGCAGCGACGUUUCGAAAAUGGAAACGGCGGCAGCUGCAGAAGAGGACGAUGUAGAGGGGACGCCGGAAGAACAGAGGGCUAGAGGGGAGGGGUCGCGGGAGGAAGGGGAGGGGGAAGGCGGGGAGAAGAAGACGCCGGUCGGGCGUGUCGAGGCCGAGAAGAAGAUCAAGGUGCCGCGGGUGUUCACGCGCCGGCGAAGCCGACCCGUGCGUCUGAAGCAGACGUACAGCGGCAUGCUGGAAGGGCCGGCGCUAGAGGAGGCGCGCGAGAGAGAACGGGCCUUCCGGGCUCAGGACGAAGCGGUGCGUGCCGCAAACGAGGCUCGCAACGCGCUCGAGAACCUCCUUUACUCGUACAGGUCGAGCCUCGAGCCGACCGACGGGGAGCUGUCGCCGUACGUGAGCCCGAGCGAUGCGGCGGCCGUUCUGGGGUUGUUAGACGAGACCGAGGCGUGGCUCUACGCGCCCGAAGAAGGGGGCUCCGCGAGAGAGAAGGAGACGUUCUUGCAGCGAGCGUCCUCGCUCCGGCAACGGCUGUCGGAGCCGCGGACACGCAGAGAGACCAGGGCAGGCCUCCUGAGGGCUCUCGGUGACGCGGAGGCGGCGGUCGCCGGGGGAGAAGCCCAGCUGGAGGAAGCGAGAGAUUCUCUAUCCGCGUCUCAGUCGCGCCAAGGGGAUGGCGAGCUGGCGUCGAUCCGGCGUUUCGUUGCCGAGACAAAACAAAAACUAGAAGCUUCUUCUGCUGCUUCCGAGGGCGAAGGCAGCGAAUACGGCUCGAUGUUGGGACGGUUACCUUCACAGGAGGUCGACGUGCGCAAGAAAAUCGAACAUCUUCGAAAAGUUCUAGUCUUUGCCAAAAAGGAGCACAGCUAG